UUUAAUAAAAGGAUAAAAUCCUGCUGUGUCUGAAGCGAUUCGUUCUCUUCUCUUUGGGGCAUUUAAUCGAACACGUAGAGUGCGUUGCCUCUGUUUCUUCGGAGUUGUUGAGGAAAUUAAUUGAAGGAAAGAAAGGGGAUGAGUUCGGGGGGAGGGACAAGCACUUUUGUUAUCCGAUGGAUCAAUUUUCUUACAUCAUUAUUGGCAAUGGGAGUGGUGGGUUUCGGGGUGUGGAUGAGCACUCAUCACGACAACUGUAGGAAGUCUCUUACACUACCGGUCAUAUGUCUUGGCGCUGUCAUCUUUCUGGUAUCAAUAAUCGGUUUUUUAGGUGCAUGGAAGAACAACACAAUCUUGUUGUGGAUAUAUCUUGUCUUUCUUUGCGUUAUACUCAUAGCCAUUUUGGUCUUCACGGUGUUGGCGUUCAUAGUAACGAACAAUGGCUCGGGACAUGACAUAGCUGGUUUGAGGUAUAAAGAGUAUGAACUCAAUGACUACAGUUCCUGGUUUCUGAAACAACUAAAUAAUUCCCAUAACUGGAACCACCUGAAGAGUUGUCUUGUUAAGUCGGAGGACUGCAAUAACCUGUCCAAAAAUUACAAGACCCUCAAGCAAUUCAAAUUGGCUAAGUUAAGCCCAAUUGAAGCGGGUUGCUGUCGACCUCCAUCCGAGUGUGGCUAUCCGGCGGUGAAUGCAUCGCACUACGACUUGAGCUUCCAUCCGAUGAGUUCGAACAAGGAUUGCCGGCUCUACAAAAAUUCGAAGUCUAUUAAAUGCUACAAUUGCGAUUCUUGCAAGGCCGGAGUUGCGCAGUACAUGAAAACCGAAUGGCGAGUUGUUGCUAUCUUCAAUGUCAUCCUCUUCAUCGUCUUGUCGAUCGUCUACUUUGUGGGUUGUUGCGCGAGAAGAAAUGCUUCAAGGGACAACUCGAAAGUUUAAGACAACAACGAUGGAUGUGUUCUUUCGCUUUGGCUUCCGAAACCUCGGAGAAAUCGAACAUGAAGAAAUGAAAUCAUGGGAGAGUGUUAAGUGUGAUUACUUAAUCCUUAUUGACUUUGAUGUUGUCUUUGUAUGAACGAAUUUAGGGCAAAAUUUUGUGAAUAACAUUGCCACAAAAAUGUUUUGUUAAGGUAAAUCCAAAUGGAUGUAUGGCUUUGCUUAAUUCAAGGUUGUGUAAGGUUCGGAUUUUGGUCUGAAGUUUUAAAAUAGUACUCCAUCCGUCCCACUUCUCA